AUGGAAGAAGCUCGUCUCCGCCAUCACCACCAUCGCGUCGCCCUCAUGAUCGUGCUAGUACUGUCAAUCCACCACGCUCACUGCACCACUGUAGAGACGAUUGUGUCUAGCGUCGUGAGCUAUGGAGCCCGUGGAGAUGGACGAACAGACGACACAAAGGCUCUGCUAGAUGCAUGGAAUGCUGCUUGUAGCGGUGGUGGAGCGAGCAGGCGGUAUGGAUCCAGCAGCUAUGCGUCCAUGGUUCUUGUCCCCGGCGGCCGAACUUUUGUGAUCUCGCCGGUGCAGCUCAGAGGUCCUUGCAAAUCACUCAUCACCCUCCAAGGCGGGGGCGUUUUGGACGGGAGAGGAAAACAAUGGUGGCCCAAAUCAUGCAAAUUCGACUCGACCCAACUUGGGUGCUAUGUACGUGUGUACAAACAGUCGCUCGUCCUUCACGACUCGGAGAGGGUCCUUGUCGACGGCUUGACCCUUGUCAACAGCCAACAGAUCCAUUUCAGUAUAUUUCACAGCAGCAACGUGACCGCCACCAAUUUGAUCGUGUCUGCCGCAAGAAAGAGCCCUAACACCGAUGGAGUUCACGUCCAGGGCUCCAAGUUCGUCAACCUUGGCACCAUCACCAUAGACACAGGCAUGCCAGCAAGCUUAUCUUUCUUUCUUUCUUUCCCUUUCUCACUUUGUUUGCUUUGCUUGAUGCUACGAAUUAUAUCCAGGGGACGAUUGCAUCUCCAUUGGAGCCAACACAUCUCACGUCUCCAUGCGCUCAAUUACGUGGACAUUUACGUAGCCUCCAUGCAGGGUGGCGCUGGCCUCGCUACAGGCAUUAGCUUUCGAAAUGUGCAGAUGGACAACGUCAAGAACCCUAUAAUCAUUGACCAGUUCUACUGCGACAUGGAAUCAUCUCCACAGGGAUGCGUGAGUACUCGACUUUAGAAAGUCUCGCCGAAAUUUUUUUUAUC